GCCACGGAUGAUUCAAGCAGACUUUACUCAAACUUCUUCACAACAGCACCAAUCAGCUGUCAGAACUUACGGAUUGGAGAGAAGUUAAAAGAAGUGUGAAAUUACUGUAUGUGUUAUUGCAAAACAGUAGUCAUUUUUCAAGUUUCCAUAAGCAUAAAAUAUUUAAUGAACAGUCAUAAAAUGUAUAAUUUUUUCCAUGUCAAUAUUAGUGUUUUGUUUGACUGGUCCAAAUGUGCAUAGGGGACACUUUUAUGUACUGGUGUAUCCCUGAUAAGGCUAGUGAAGAAUUCAAACGUCUUAUUUCUUUGGCGAAACUGAAUUUCAAGUAAUAGAGAAACAGUGAUAAAAUGGCAAAGGUACUGUCAAAAUCAUCUGCAUAGUGUACUCUAGAAAGCAACAUUUUAGCUUUUGUGACAUUUCAGUCUUCUUAGUCGCUGAAAGGUUGAUGGAGUCCUACAUAGUCCAAAUGGCCUUACCCAAACAUAAUGUACUGUAUUAAUUUAAAUAUUAUCUUUUAACAUCCAGAGACACUACAGUUCUAGCAAAAGCAUCAAGUUGCUUGUUUUGUACGGUGUUAAGUACUCUGUUCCCAGGGUUUUAGCCAGAAGGGUGUUCAGCCAUCCUAUGAAGGCCCAUUUUGGAAGAAAUACAAGAAAAUUCACCUAAUCUCUUUUAAUUUUAUGGAAAAAGAGGCCUUUUGGACAGCCAGCUUUCAUUGUCUGGCUAAAAGCCUGUCUGUUUCUUAAACCUACAAUGUAUGAUUGAAAGAACUUUUUCACUUUUAUAUAAACCAUGAGCUACAUGUAUGAGACCAAAAGGAUUUAUUGUUGGAAAGUUAUUAGCAUUGCACAUGUUUAUUUUUUCUAUAAAAGCUUGCAUUAUCAUGAGCCUUUGGUGCUGAUGCAUGCAAAUAGGGCUGAAAAGGCUUCCAUACACCAAUGUAUUUCUUGGCAAUAAGCCAACAACUUUACCUUUGGGAAAAUGAAGAAACAAAGAUCUCUCUAGUUAGUUUAAAAUCAUGAAGUGGGAGCUAAAGGUUUACUGGAAAGAGAAACAGACAAAACAGCAUGCCUAAAGCAAAGUACUCCUAGGAUUUACAUCCACAUGGGACAUUCAUGAUGAUGAAGGCUUUUCUACAAUGAAUUUUGAAUUUGCGAUGCUAGUAGACAGGGUUGUCAGAAAGUUUUGAAGUAGAGGGCUGAGUUGUCAAGGUAAGUGGCCAGCCAGGGAUAUUUUAUGUGAAAAACACCAUCCACAAAGAAAUGGCAAGCAGAGUAGCUUGCCGAUACUAGCCAAGUAGGCAGCGAUUUUCGCCAGCAACUGGCUACUUUUGACGACCCUGUAGUAGACUUCUAGCGAUAAAUCUUUUAGGUCCCAAGGUUCAUGGUUUAUUCUUUUCCAAGUUUUUUCAAUCAGGUAUAUACACGUAUUAUACAAUGGUGCGAUUUCACACUAAUGAUCUGAGAUCAAAUGCAUGUAACCCUGAAGGAAUCUCUUGAUUGAUAAAAUCAUAAGUAAUUUGCAGAAAAUAACUUCUGAAAUGUUGAAUAUUGUGAAUGAAAUGAUCUUUAGUGUUCUCAGCCCAGUUUGCACUACAUACACAAUAAACAUAAAUUAUUUCCUGCAUAAUAAUACUUCUCAAAAUGUAAAUAAUAUUCUAACAUAUUCAUACUUUAUUGUAAGGCCUUACAUCACUGCCUGUGCACGUGACUCAGGCACAAUGAUUUACUCAGAUCCACUGAAUUGAAGAUCCUUUUCAUGAAUAAUUUACUUAAUUUAGCUCUGGUCACUAUGCCUUCGUUUUCAGAGAGGGAUUUCAGGGAGCUCCAUGAUUGAUCCAAGGAAUUUGCCACACGCUCGUGUCUGUCUGUUACGUCUGUCAACAAGGGACCUUCCACCAAAUGCAUUACAGCAGUAUCACAAAUAUACCGCCAAAAGGAAAAGGAGUGAUCCUGCUCUAAUUGAAGCCAAAGAAUUAAACAGGAGCACUAUCUCCGUCAAACAACCCACUGAUAGCUAUUCUACCGGGGCAGAUAAUCAUCCGGACACUGGUGUAAACAGAUCAAAUUUAGUCCAAGAUUUAUUUUUGACAAGAACAUCCUCUCAAACAUUUCCUUUGAACACCCCUUAUGUGCCGGAGGGCAGUCAGCAUGUGACAUGUGGCUUAUCAAAUAAUGCUACUGAAACAGCUAGAGAACAGUAUCCCACAGCUUACUCGUCUUGUAGCACAGAUGUGUCUGGUUGGUCCACUGACAGUCACCUUGAUAAGUGUAAAGAUAAAAAUAUAGCUGGUGUGCUCAUACAACCUCUGGAUGUUGAGCAUGUACUGAAAAUUAAAGGAAAUGUGCUGCCUUGCAGAAGAAAUUCUGUAAGAUCCACGUCUUCUAGUGGCUCAUCAAAGGGAAGGGAACUUAGUGCUUCUGUGCGUCUUAGUCCAGUGACAUGGAGUGGCCCAACAAUUACCAACAGAAAGUAUGUGAACUACAAUCCUAAUGCAUUGGGAGAAUCCAAUGAUAAAACAGUGCCUGUUGUUACAGAUCACAAUUAUGCACUGCAGGUGAAUGGCAGCAUUUUGGUAAGUAACCUUAUCUCUUCCAUUUGUUUUGUAGUCUAUGGUUCAUGUUCUCAGGUGCCUUGAAGGACAAGUUUUUUUGUCAGCAUAGUUGUCUCCUUAUUCCCGUCUGCCAUGUUAAGCUCUGGUAAGUCCAUUUAAAUUGUCCCCUCCAUUUGCAAACAUAAUUUGCAACCUACAUUGUGUUUUUGUUUUACAGUGUAGUCCUUCAUUUAUCCAUCACAGGUGUCUAUAAAGACUCUUCAGACAAAAUCUGUCAUAGAGUUCUGCCCCAUCUUGACAAGAGAACCCAGCUUAAACAGUUACUAUAUGAAGAAGAGGGUGUAGACCUUCUAAAAGACCUUUACAUUUUCCUGGAUGUUUAUGCUAUUUUAAAGGACUUUUCACUCCUGUUUAGCACAAAAUUCACAGGUCGAAAAUUCCACCAGUGAUGUAAUGACAAUUGAAUGAAAGGAGAGUGUGUCAUAUUUGAUGUCACUGCCGGCACAGCAUUAUGUCAAUAAUUUUUAUUUUUUUUCUGUCUAAAUUUAUAAUAGGAUUCAAAUCCAUUCAGGCAAAACAAGUUGACCUCGUGACUUUGUUGUUCGCUCAGCUGCUAUGCAACCAUAUUGAAGCUUGCUCCCCUCACCUUUAAGAAUGUAUGAGAGGUCAACUUGUAGUAAGUCUAAGAGGGUGCUGGAUGAGGAUCAUUGAUACGUGAUCACUCAGAUCAUUAUGCAUCAUAGGAACUGAUGAUUCCACUCUGGACAAGGUUUCAUUGGCUCCUUUGAUGUACCUUAACUGUACCCGAGUGAUCUGGGAUCACUGAUCCAGAUCCAGGUCACCCAAAAGGAGGUGAAAAGAGAGAAAGAGACCUUACACUACCAGCAGGGUGCUCAUUAAGUGCCAGCUAAAAAACCAGCUACUUGGAGGUUUAAGCUGUCUACUCUUUGAGGAAACGGGGCAAAGUGAGAGUGAAAGCCUUAAACCUCAAGCUUUCCAUUUUGUUUCCCAGGAAUCACAAGGCUUGUUGUAUGAACAAAUGCCCUCGGCGAGGUUAACUUCAGGCCUGGAAGAAAGAUCAAGUGUAAUAUCAGAUGAAAGCACACUGUCAGCAAGUUUUAGUUCAUUGAAAGAUCAUUCAUGGUAUGGUCAUGAGGAAGUGUGGCCAGAUUUUGAUAGUUACUCACCCCCAGAAAGCCCUGAACCACAAUGCAGCAAAAAUGGGGAUGAGAUUUUUUUGACAGAUUCAGAUGUAGUUCUUCCCAUGGAGGCAAAGAUCAGUGUGCCAUUGAAGCCAUGUAAUGGACUUCUUUCUCCAAAGAUAAGCCUUUCUCCUGUGCUCGUUAAGGAUAAAAGAGGUGUCAAAAGGAAAUGCUUCAUGUCCAGUGACACUCCCUCAAAGAGGAAGUCUCUAUCCCCCAAGGGAGAUCUUGUUGUCAAACUUAAUGAUGUUGGAGACAAAUUAGAGCGGUCUCCAACUGGUGGACUCACUGUAGCCACUUCUACAAGGACUGGACGGUAUACCUCUUUUGGACGAAGAAUUUUAGCAGUUAACUACUCAGAGAAGUCUCUUGCAAAGUCUGUUAUGAAAAGAACACUUCCGACUGAGGUCAAAAGACGCAAGGCGAAGAGAACAAGAAAGUGUCUAGUUCAUAAAGACCAGAAAUGCACUUGCCAUGUUGAAAACCAGAGGGGCAAGCCAAAGAAAGGGACAAAGAAGCCCAGAAAGAGAGACACUACACUCUUGCGUUAUGAAAGUCUACCAUUCAAAGAACUCAACACUAUUUCGAGAAUCUCCACAAGGUACAAGGUAGCUUUUUCCAAAUGGCCAUAUGUGUUUUCUGGUGCUUUGGAUCUUAUCAAUCAGAGGAUAUCUAAUCAGAAUUUGUUUUGGAAUUCCAUAAGAUCCUAG